CGUACACUACGCAUUGGUUAGCUCUUCGGUCCAAAGUCCCACCCCAUAACUCACAGCUGAUUGGCUGUGGCUACUCUCUAGACGGCUAUAACUAUUCUUGCUGUCCCCUGCCCUCUCUUGAACAUUUUUUGCCUCCAUGCAGCAGUAUCAAUACUGCUACGACGUGCGAAAUCAAUACUAACUACCUUUUUAACUGUACUUCAUCAUCUUCAGCUGCACCUGCACCUGCACCUGCACCUUCACCACAGGCGGCAUACAUUCUCAGCGACACUCAUCAGGGCCCUGGUUAUUCUCAACGCGUCGAUAUGCUUCCUAGUACUUGUAGCCGACUCUAUGGAACGCCUACUUUAGCCCUGAUUUUGGCUUUCGAUCAUCCCCACACAAAUCAUAGCGACAAGAUCAUAUCUUCGUUACAAGCUCAGAAGGACCUUCAAACCACUAGCUAUGGGAGACGCUUAGUACGACAAGCGCAUACCUAA